AUGCCUCUAUCCCGUCCCCUCCUAUUUUAUGGCCAACCCCAUUCUGCUAUUUGGAUAUUGAGUAAUGGAGGGAUUGGUUUUGAACAGUCGGCACGUCAAUACAGAGCAAAUAUAUUACCUAGCAAUGUUAGAAUAAUUGCUCCCUUUUGGAAUAGAAAUGAUUUGAGAGUUGGGGGCAAAAUAUUUUAUCGAGAAGUUACGGGAGGCCGUGUACUCGACCGUGGUCAAAGCGAAAUACGUUACCAAUACGAACUUGAAGUUAAAGUACACACUGCAGUGCUCGUUACAUUUGAUAAAAUGCAGCCUGUGGGGACUGAUCCUUUACCUGAUGAAAACACCAACACUUUCCAAUUAGCCCUCUUCUCCACAAGCAAUGGAACUUUUGCUAAUUUUAUUUACAGCAAUAUUGGAUGGACACAAGGGGCAGAAGCCGGUUUUAAUGCUGGGGAUGGAAACAAUUUCUUUGCCCUUCCAACCUCUGGCACUGGAAAUAUUAUGUAUUUGGAGGAUUAUGGAAAUACUGGCAUCCCAGGAGAAUGGAUGUUUAUUUUGGGAGAUGAAAGAAUUCAACGAUGCAAGGCUGGAAUUAAGGGGGAUACUUGUGAUGAAGCUUGCAAAGCUGGCGAAUUUGGUCCAGAUUGUGUCCGUUGCUGUCAUUGUGCAGAGGGUACUUGUCAUGAGGCUACUGGUGAAUGUAAGAAGAGCGAAUGUUCACAGUGCUGGACAGGAAUUGCUUGUCAACAAAAACAAUCCCGUUGUUCAAACAAAGGCUCAAAAUGUGCCCAAAAUGCUCUACAAAUGACAGAUUAUAAUAAAUGUGGAGAACCUCAAUAUCGUUGCGAGUGUUUGGCAGGCUUUACAGGGGAUCCAUACACUGAAUGUUCAGAUGUGGAUGAAUGUACUCGACAACCAAGCGUUUGCCACCAAUUAGCACAGUGUUCAAAUACACCGGGAAGAUUUUUCUGUCAAUGUCCUGAAGGGUUUCAAGGCGAUGGCAUUUCUGAAUGUGUUGCUUCUUUCCUCUAUCCUUUUGACCAAUCACAUUUACUUCCUUCAAAUGAAAAGGAUGGAAGAGUUAUGGAAUGGAGAUUAAGUCAUCCUCUUCGAAUAUUUGGACGUGACAGGGACACUAUUUGGCUGACAAAUAAUGGAUUGAUUUUGGUGAAGGGGGCCAAGAAUGUUCCUUCUACUGGGGAUGAACAACACAGACUUGAUGGGAUGGAUGUUCAAGGGGUUGCCCCACUCUUUGUGCCCAUCGAUAUGACUUCAAACGGAAAAAUUCUAGUUGAAGAAACAACGGAUCCUCGAAUAUUAGGCAAAGCAGCCCAAUUAAUUAAUACACAAUUGGGUGCUUCUUCCGAACAACAACCUCGUUUUGUAGCAACACACGCCUUAUUAGUAACAUAUUCAAACGUUAGUAUAGGCAUGACUAAAACAACAAAAGAGGCUACAAAUACCUUCCAAGCACUAUUAAUUGGUGGAAAAGACAGGCAAAAAAGAGGGGAAAGUUCUACUGUUACUUUUGUUCAGUUUCUUUAUCGUGAUUUACAUUGGGAGGGAGAAGAGGCUGAAGCUGGAAUUAUGGCCCCAGACAGAGACAACUCUAUUUUAUUGCCUGGUUCCGGUACUGAAGGUAUUGAACAGCUUAGUCAACUCAGCAAUACGCGGUGUGUUUAUAGAGAGGACAUUUCGUCCCAUAGAGGGGACAUUUUGUCCCAAAGACAUAUCUCAUCAAACUUUUUUCUUUUUCAGUUCCCAAGGAAUUUGGCUCUAUAG